AUGAGCCGGCACAGCAAGAACGCGACGGCCACCACGCACUUCACGUACCACGAGCGCGCGGCCGCGGGCCACGGCACGCUGAAGCGGCGCUUCGGGCGCGACGCGCAGCUGUCCUUCGGCGUGUGCUGCCUGUGCCUGGCCUCCACGCGCGGGCGCAGUCCGCUGGCGUCGCCCGCGGGCUUCGUCUACUGCAAGGAGUGCAUCUACGCCAACCUGCUGGCGCAGAAGCGCGCCAUCCAGGAGAACACGGCGGCCUACGCGCGCUUCUUGGAGGCGCACGACCGCAAGGCGCAGGACGCGGCGCUGCAGCAGGAGCGCGACACGCUGCGGAAGGCGCUGGACGCGGCCGAGGGCCAGCAGUCGAUGACGGCUGCCUCCACCUCCUCCUCCUUGGAGCCACAGGAGCGCGCCGCGCUGGCCACGCGCAAGCUGCAAGAGAAGGUGGACGCGGCCACGGACAACGAGCGGCGCGAGGCUAUGAAGCGCACGAGCUUCUGGAUUCCGGAAUGCACGCCGUCGCAGGAGACGACGGUGGCCAUGCCCGACACCAAGACGCGGGACCCCAUGAGUCUCGACGAGAUGAAGCUCAAGCACCUCCUGCCGAUCAAGUUCGAGUGGGACGCUCCUGGAGACAACGCCAAAGAGGCCCACGUGCUCUGCGCCGUGACCAAGAAGGAGAUCUCCCACCGCCGCGCCGUGCUGCUGAGACCGUCCGGCCAGGUGGUGCUGGAGAGCUGCCUCAAGGACAUGGUGCUGCCGAGCAUGACGUGCCCCGUGACGGGUCUGAAGCUGCGCAAGAAGGACAUCGUGCACCUGCAGGCGGGCGGCACGGGCUUUAGCGCGCACAACCCACCAUGACCUAAAGAUACCUACACGGGUACGCGCCUGGUCGGUUUGUUG